GCAGACGACGGCCUAUAAAACGACGGAUCGAGCGGGGGUGCCGACCACAGGUGGUGACAUACCUUCGCUCGUACGAGUCGAAAACGUUCAGCCUCUCGCUGUCAAGUGAGGAUCCUUCUAACACUGACAAUGGCACUGUUCCCUCUCUUCGGCGGCUCGGACCUGGCGAGGCGUCUCUUCGACGACGACUUCGGCUCGAGUUUCCUGGACGGUGAGCUCUUCGAUCCGCCAUUCUAUCACCAGCGCUUCUACAUCCAGCCCAAAAACCAGCAGCAGCUCCAACAGCGCGGACGCGGAUCCCAGGCCGUCGAGGCGAGUGACCCGAACAAGUUCGCGCUUCGCGUGGACGUCCGUCACUUCGCGCCGGAGGAGAUCACAGUCAAGACUGUCGACAACUGCGUCGUUGUCCACGGCAAGCACGAAGAGAAGUCGGACGAGACUGGGUCCUACGUCAAGCGCGAGUUCACGAGGCGCUACGUCCUGCCCGAAGACGUGGACCCACACACGGUGACGUCUAGUCUGUCGGCCGGAGGACUGCUGGCCGUGGAGGCCCCGCGCAAGACGCCGAAGGAAGACCCCAACAAGCCGAGGGCCAUCACCGUUCACCACGAAGGAGCGUCCAAAGCUGCGGGUGACGCCGCUAAGAGCAAGUGAGGCGCCAUAUGUGCCCGUCUUUCGUGUUCACGAACGUUUCUGUUUACUCUCCAAGCAUUCCAGUUCCAUGCAAUACUUAGUUUAUAAACUGUUCUUGGUCGUGACGUCCAAAUAAACAAGCUGGAUGUAGUCGCAA